AUGAAGUUCACCGCAACCAUCACGGCGCUGAUCGCCUCGAGCGGCCUUGUUGCUGCUGCGCCUGGAGGUGGUGAGGGCGGCUGGGGCAAGGGCAAGCACCACGGCAAGGGCAAGGGCCACAUGACCUCGUCGGAAUACACGACUUCGACUUGCAAGGCCACCUACAACUAUGAGACCGAGACGAAGACGAAGACGGUCACCAUCCCGUACACCACCACCGUCUACAAGCCGGAGGUGAAGACCACCUACGUCCCCAGCGUCUACACGGAGACCAAGUACGAGACUGAAAAGUCCUACAUCUACAAGACGCACGUCGAGACCAAGACCGUCAAGGUCCCCAGCCACACCAGCAAGGUCGUCUGCAAGACCUACCCGAUCGAGACGUACACCUACUCGACCAAGUACGAGACCGAGACGAACAAGUACCCGACCCAGUCCGUCGAGACCAAGUACGAGACCGAGACCAAGAAUGUCCCCAGCGCGUACACCACCAGCAAGGCCUACCCGGAGACCACCAGCAAGGUCGAGUACAAGCCGUACACGACUGUUUACAAGGAGCCCACCACCAGCUGCGAGACCAAGACUGGCUGGAAGACGUGGACUGCUUAUGGCGGCAAGAAGACUGGUGGAUGGUAG